AUGUCUGUUCUCACAAGCGCACUGGAUCUGAAAGCCCGUGUCUUCCAAGAAAGAUCGCUGCCGUCCGCCCUAGAAAACCGUGCCGAAGCAGGUACAAGUACAACCCUUGGCCAUCAGAAAGAAUUCGCAGAGAACAUUUCUCAGAGGAGACCAUCUUUCCAUGUGACUGCUCCCCAUGGAUGGAUGAAUGAUCCCUGUGGCCUUGGGUAUGACCCUGCUACGGGGAUAUAUCAUUUGUUCUUCCAAUGGAACCCGCACGGUAACGUCUGGGGCAACAUAUCCUGGGGCCAUGCUACUUCCACCGAUCUCGUCUCAUGGGAAGUACUGUCACAGCCGGCUUUGACGCCUUCGGCUGAAUACGACCGCUGCGGUGUCUUCACGGGCUGUGUCCGACCCACGGAUAUCCACGGAAAUCCUGGAGCUCUUACCGCCGUAUACACAUCAGUUGGACGACUCCCCAUCCAUUAUACAUUGCCGUAUGUCCGUGGGAGUGAAUCUCUCAGCAUAGCCGUUUCGCAAGAUGGGGGCAUGAGGUGGGAGCGCCAGGAUUGUAAUCCAAUCCUCAAAGGACCACCACAGCAUGUCAAAGUGACCGGCUGGCGAGAUCCUUGCAUCACAGUAUGGACGGGGGCACAACAAACUGCUCCAGAAACCUCACGAUCUGGUCUUUGUGGAUUUAUAUCUGGUGGCAUUGCUGCUCAAACCCCGACGGUCUUCGUCUAUUCCGUUAACCCAAAAAACCUGACGGAAUGGCAAUAUAUUGGCCCUUUGGUUGACAUAGGCCUCAACUUCCGGCCCUCUCGCUGGUCUGGCGACUUUGGGGUCAACUGGGAAGUUUCCAACCUGAUGACUUUGUGCGACUCCGGCGGAGUGUCUCGGGAUUUCGUUAUUAUGGGGGCCGAAGGACGCCUGCCCUCUCAAAGCAUAGGCGAAGUUGAAUCCAGAGAUGCACUCGACAAAAGAGCUGCUCGAUCUCAGCUGUGGAUGUCUGUAAAACCUUCUGGAGAAGGUAACGGCACCGACAAGGCCUUAGCAACACAUGUUUUUUCCGGUAUUUUUGACCAUGGCUGCUAUUAUGCCGCCAAUUCUUUCUGGGAUCCCAAAGCCUCCCGGCAGAUUGUUUAUGGAUGGAUUACAGAGGAAGAUCUGUCUGAUGAUCUUCGCCAUCGCCAGGGCUGGAGCAGUUUGAUCUCGCUCCCCCGACUAGUGCGAUUGAUGACUCUAUACCAUGUCAAGAAGGCACGAAACUCACCGUUAGAUUCGAUUACUUCGAUUGAGGCAAUUCCGGAAUCACCGGAGGCAGUUGACUUUACCGUCCAUACAUUGGGGGUCAGCACAGACCCGCGGCUUGAGCAUCUUCGACAAGGAGCUCAAACGGGCCACCUCGCAGAUGCAUUACUAUCGUCCUCCCUGGCUGCAGCUUUUGGAAACUUCUUGCCAUUGGCAACGUCUUGCUGGGAACUAGAUGCCGAGUUUUUGGUCGGCCAAUCAUGCGCGCGUGUUGGCUUCGACAUUGCACACACCUCCGACUUCAAGCAAUGUACCACGCUCUGUUGGGAUUCGCGCGAUGAAACAUUCAUCAUUCAUCGGCCGCACAUUGAUGAUACUGCUAUCAAUCACGGGCGCGAGUCCGCUCCACAUACACUGUUUACAUUCGCAAACGAGCAUGGCGAGGAAACGGAGGAGCCUCUGCGGAUCCGUGCAUUCUUUGACAAGAGUGUGUUAGAGGUGUUUGUUAAUGACCGAACGGCCAUCUCCACCCGAAUUUAUCAUCCUGCAGACCGGUGCUUUGGACUGCAGUUUUGGGCAGAACCCUGCGAAAGUCGACUCAAUGACCAAAUCCCAAGCCCAGCUGCGGUACUUCUGCGGGCAGAUACUUGGGAUGGACUUAGGGUGUAA